CUCACUCACAUGACAAGAUCGUCACUUCUAAAGAAACAAAACGAUGUCGUUAUUAGCGCCGCCGCCGCGGUCGUCUCACUCGUUCUCAUCUUCCCUAUCACUCUCCACCGACAGUUACCGGGAUCUCCACCACCAUCACCGCAUUCACUAUCCCAUAACUUCUCCCCGGUUCCUAUUCCGAUGCGCAAUGAGAUCAGCUUCCUCAGUUGCGGCACCGAAGAAGAAGAAACUGUGGAAGCAAGGGGAGUACCCCGGCGAUGUGGCGGGGACUUCGAGUUUUGACAGGAAUAAGAGAAGAUCGCCGACUAAGACCAUUAAGAAGCAGCCGGAUCGGAAGAAUGACCUUAAUACGGGGGUAAUUACCGUUACAGAAGCCUUAUCCGAUUCUAUUAACAACAAGCAGUGGUUAAGAGCCCUAGAGGUAUUCGAGAUGCUAAAAGAACAACCAUUUUAUCAACCAAAACAAGGAACUUACAUGAAGCUCAUUGUCCUCCUCGGAAAAUCCGGUCAACCACAACACGCUCAAAAUCUCUUCAACACAAUGAUCCAAGAAGGCCUAGACCCCACUCCCGAACUCUACACUGCAUUACUCGCCUCUUAUAGCCGAAGCAAUCUCAUUGACUCAGCAUUCAAAAUCCUUGACCAAAUGAAAAACCUCCCGUUUUGUCAACCCGACAUUUACACAUAUAGCAUUCUAAUCAAAGCGUGUGUCGACGCCUCCCGAUUCGACCUCGUGGAAUCCCUCUACGACCAAAUGACCGAAAUGUCCCUAACCCCAAACACCCUCACCCAAAACACGGUCCUCGCGGGCUACAUAAAAGCCGGGAAAUUCGACCAAAUGGAAAAAAUCCUUAACGGGAUGCUCGAAAGCGCGACAUCAAAACCCGAUGUUUGGACAAUGAACACGAUUCUAGGGCUAUUCGCGAACACGGGUCAAAUCGAAACAAUGGAGAAAUGGUAUGAAAAGUUUCGAAAUUACGGAAUCGACCCCGAGACGCGAACGUUUAACAUUUUAGUAAACGGGUACGCGAAGAAAAAAAUGUACGAUAAAAUGUCGACUGUUUUAUCGUACAUGCGGAAACUGUCGUUUCCGUGGACCACAUCGACUUAUAACAAUGUAAUCGAGGCUUUUUCGGAUGUUGGUGAUGUGAAAAAUAUGGAGUUUACUUUUGAUCAAAUGAGGAGUGAGGGGAUUCGUGGGGACACAAAGACGUUUUGUUGUUUGAUUAGAGGGUAUGCUAAUGGAGGGGUUUUUCAUAAGGUGGUUAAUAUGGUUGAGUUAGCUGGGAAAUUGGAGAUAGCUGAAAAUACGUCGUUUUAUAAUGCGGUGAUUUAUGCGUGUGCGAAAGCGGAUGAUUUGAUGGAAAUGGAGAGGGUUUUUAGGAGGAUGAAGAGUAAGGAAUGUAAGGGUGAUGUGACUACGUUUGAUAUCAUGGUUGAAGCUUAUAGGAAGGUAGGGAUGAAUGAUAAGGUGUAUGAUUUGGAACAGGAAAGAGAGAUGAUGUUGAAUUUGAAUCCCAAAUAACUAAUUGUUUGAAAUGUUG